UUUUAAGGGUUAGGAGCCAGGGUUCAUUUUAGAGUUAGGUUUAUGGGUUAAGGUUAUGGUUAGGGUAAGAGUAUGGGUUAGGUUUAGGAGUUCGGGAAAAUAGGAUUUAGUUAGUUGUACAAUACUGUGUGUGUGUGCCAUAAAACUCAGAUAAGAUAAUAACAACAAUUAUCUCUCACUGUUAGCAUUAUUUUAUUUUCCCCCAUAUUACAUAAUGAGAUAUUACCAUAUUACGCACCACGCUUUCCCCGGAAAUAGAAUGUAUUUGGCACAAGACGCUAGGCGUACGUGUGGUCGUCACUAGUUAGCACAGCCACCAAAUACUAAACCCCGCCCAUUUCUACAAUUUAUCUUCUUAAAAUGUGAUUUUAAACCUAACCUUAACCACACUGCUAACCUUAUGCCUAACCUUAAAUGAAAAGUUCAUUUAUUUUUACGAUAUACUUUGUGGCUGUGGUAACUUGUGGAAACACGUACUUUUUUUUCAUUAAACGUCAGAGACACGCCCCCGGUUUCUCAGACCAUGUGGUUGAUGAUAAACACAGUUUAAUAUCGCGCCAUGUUAAGUUUUUUGGUUUUAACAUUUGUUCGAUUUUAGUUCGAUUUCUUACCGCGCGCUCACUAUUAGCUGUCACCAUGUCUGUUUCCGACGAUGUGAAUUUUGAAACCCAGAUUGCGUCUGUUUUGGAUUCACUUGCAAAGGUGGCCGUGGUGGAAAUAACGAAACUGUUCGAGAGUCGCUUCCUUGCUUCGGGAACCACUAUUCUCAUUGAAGGGCAGAGUGAACAAAAUGAAACCUUGCAAACAGUGGACGCUGUAAAAAAGUCUGGCAAAAAAUGUCUUCGCAGUAUCGGAGUUCAAGUGGAUGAGGAAACAACAACGUCCUUAGAGCUACAUGAAAACCCAAAACAGUGCUUGUCCUUGGAGGGAGGCAGUGGUUCUUUGAAUGGGAGCAAUGAGGAGGAGGGUCCUGCACAUCGUAUCCCCCUGCUGAAGGCUAAUCAGCCUGCUGAACUCAAGUGCUCUGUUCUAGAAGAGAAGGUUGUGGAGAUGGUGGAGGGGAUUAGUCUGGAAACAAAAUCUUCAACAACCACUGAGCCAGAAGAAGAACAAGUGAUCUAUUCUGCCAUUGUGGAUCCAAUCCACCUUUAUGUUCCUGUUCAAAGCUCCCCAACUAAGCAGAAACCCCAGCCCCUCAAGACAGAAACUGAGAAUGGAAUCAACAUAGAAUGUGAGACUAAAGUCAUCUGCCAAAUGGUCCCAAAGGCAGAGGACAUCACACGACAGCCUGCAUGCAAAGAAAAGCCUACCCAGAUGGAGCCCCAGCAGGCCAGUUACAGGACCGCCAAAGGGACAGCCUACAGCCCAUCCUCCUCAGAUGGGGCUUUGGUUCCUGUACAGGCUAAGAGUAAGUUGAAAUUUAUGGGUGUAACAAACGCUCCCUCUGCUCUAAUGAAGAAAAAGGUGGAUGUCAAGCUGGACCAGAAAAAGAAGGUGGAUUUCAAGCUGGACCAGACAAAGAAGAAGAAGGUGAACUUCAAGCUGGACCAGACAAAGAAGAAGAAGGUGGACUUCAAGCUGGACCAGACAAAGAAGAAGAAGGUGGACUUCAAGCUGGACCAGACAAAGAAGAAGAAGGUGGACUUCAAGCUGGACCAGACAAAGAAGAAGAUGGUGGACUUCAAGCUGGACCAGACAAAAAAGAAGAAGGUGGACUUCAAGCUGGACCAGACCUCCUUGGAGCAGAAGUUGACGAGGCCUUGCUCUGUCCAGCUGGUGAACCUGCUUUUGGUGCCCGGAAGAAAUAACUCUGGAGGGAAGAAGGCUAAUGGUAGCAACUGUCAUGACAACAAGAGGUUCCCCAUGCCAAAGGACCUCAAGACCCACCAAGGCCUCCACACGGGCCGACGCCUCUGCUGCUUCACUCAGUGUGGGAACGGUGUCUGGCGGCUGCAAGGGGUCGUCUCCUCAAGCCGCGCCCAUGGCUGCAAGAUCUGUGGGAAGCGCUUCAAGCGCAGGAAGAUCCUGAGGAGGCAUGAGCGCUUCCACACCGGUGAGAAGCCCUACUCCUGCUCCCAGUGCUCCAAAACGUUCGCCCUGCGGAAAAGCCUCCGCAGGCACGAACGGUUCCAUACAGGGCAGAGACCUCACAGCUGCCCCCAGUGUGGGAAGAGCUUUCGUCUCAGGGACAAUCUGAAGGCUCAUCUGCGCUUUCACACUGGUGAGAGACCUUUCACCUGCUCCUUCUGCUCCAAGAGCUUCAGAAUCUUCCGGAAUCUUGAGAAACACAGCAUUGAUCACUUGGGAGCGACAGCGAAAUAGCACAUUUUCCGGCGAAAGACAACUGUGCUAAAAGCAUGAGCAGCCUUCUGUAGGCCACCUUACAAAACUGUCCUACCUCUAACUGAAACUACUGAAUGUCCAUUCCUCAUUAUAACCAACCAUGUUGGUUAUUUUUGAAAAGGUGCUAUGAUGGUAAAUUGCAAUCAGGUUUGGAUUGUCCAGAAUGAUCAUCAGAGUGCAAGCUUCAGUGGACACUGAUGUUGUUGACAGCCAUAAUGUUCUAAUACGGUAAGGGCCUGUUUUCCAGACACAGAUUAUGCUGAAUUUUAAACCAAAAAGUUAUUUCAAUGGAGUUUUUCUAUUGCGCGUGCUGGACUAGGCUUAAAGAGACUCUUCGGGAUUUUGGCAAUGAAGCCCUUUAUCUACUUCCAGAGAGUCAGAUGAACUCAUGGAUACCAUUUUGACUCUGCAUUCAGUUUGAAGGAAGUUGCUAACUGGCACAAUGACUGGAAUUCUAUAGUAACUGCUAGUAUGCUAGUAGAUAACAUAGAUUUCCGGUCAUUGCUCUAACGCUAGUUAGAAUUGGCUUGCGAAACUACACUACAUGACCAAAAGUAUGUGGACACCUGCUCGUUGAUAUCGGAAUGAGAUGGUCAAACUUUACAGUUGGCACUAUGCAUUGGGGCAGGUAGCGUUCUCCUGGCAUCCGCCAAACCCACAUUCGUCUGUCGGACUGCCAGAUGGUGAAGCGUGAUUCAUCACUACAGAGAACGCGUUUCCACAGCUCCAGAGUCCAAUGGUGGCGAGCUUUACACCACUCCAGCCAACGCUUGGCAUUGCGCAUGGUGAUCUUAGGCUUGUGUAAGGCUGCUCGGCCAUGGAAACCCAUUUCAUGAAGCUCCCGACUAACAGUUCUUGUGCUGACGUUGCUUCCAGAUACAGUUUGGAACUCUGUAGUGAGUGUUGCAACUGAGAACAGGCGAUUUUUACGUGCUUCGGCGGUCCCAUUCUGUGAGCUUGUGUGGCCUACCACUUCGCGGCUGAGCCGUUGUUGCUCCUAGAUGUUUCCACUUCAUAAUAUAAGAACAUGUAGUUAACCGGGGCAGCUCUAGUACGGCAGAAAUUUGACAAAUUGAGUUGCUGGAAAGGUGGCAUCCUAUGACGGUACCAUGUUGAAAGUCACUGAGCUCUUCAGUAAGGCCAUUCUACUGCCAAUGUUUGUCUAUUGAGAUUGCAUGGCGGUGUUCUUGAUUUUAUACACGUGUAGCUGAAAUAGCCAAAUCCACUGAUUUGAAGGGAUGUCCACAUCAUUUUGUAUACACAGUUGAAGUCAGAAGUUGACACACUUAGGUUGGAGUCAUUAAAACUAGUUUGUCAACCACUCCACAAAUUUUUUGUUAACAAACUAUAGUCAGUUAGGAUAUAUACUUUGUGCAUGACAAGUAAUUUUUCCAACAAUUGUUUUCAGACAGAUUAUUUCACUUAUAAUUCACUGUAUCACAAUUCCAGUGGGUCAGAAAUGUACAUAUAGUAAGUUGACUGUGCAUUUAAACAGCUUGGAAAAUUCCAGAAAAUGUCAUGACUUUAGAUGUUUCUGAUAGGCUAAUUGACAUAAUUUGAGUCAAUUAGAGGUGUACAUGUGGAUGUAUUUCAAGGCCUACCUUCAAACUCAGUGCCUCUUUGCUUGACAUCAUGGGAAAAUCAAAAGAAAUCAGCCAAGACCUCAGGGAAAAAUUGUAGACCUCCACAAGUCUGGUUCAUCCUUGGGAGCAACUUCCAGACGCCUGAAGGUACCACGUUCAUCUGUACAAACGAUAGUACUCAAGUAUAAACACCAUGGAUCCACGCAGCCGUCAUACCGCUCAGGAAGGAGAUGAAUGUACUUUGGUGCAAAAGUGCAAAUCAAUCCCAGAACAACAGCAAAGGACCUUGUGAAGAUGUUGGAGGAAACGGGUACAAAAGUACCUAUAUCCACAGUAAAACGAGUCCUAUAUCGAACAUAACCUGAAAGGCCACUCAGCAAGGAAGAAGCCACUGCUCCUAAAUCGCCAUAAAAAAGCCAGACUACGGUUUGCAACUUCACAUGGGGACAAAGAUUGUACUUUUUGGAGAAAUGUCCUCUGGUCUGAUGAAACAAAAAUAGAACUGUUCGGCCAUAAUGACCCUCAUUAUGUUUGGAGGAAAAAGGGGGUGCCUGCAAGCUGAAUAACGCCAUCCCAACCGUGAAGCACAGGGGGUGGCAGCAACAUGUUGUGGGGGUGCUUUGCUGCAGGAGGGACUGGUGCACUUCACAGAAUAGAUGGCAUCGUGAGGAAGGAAAAUUAUGUGGAUAUAUUGAAGCAACAUCUCAAGACAUCAGUCAGGAAGUUAAAGCUUGGUCGCAAAUGGGUCUUCCAAACGGACAAUGAACCCAAGCAUACUUCCAAAGUUGUGGCAAAAUGGUUUAAAGACAACAAAGUCAAGGUACUGGAGUGGCCAUCACAAAGCCUUGACCUCAAUCCUAUAGAAAAUUUGUUGGCAGAACUGAAAAAGUGUGCGAUCAAGGAAGCCAACAAACCUGACUCGGUUACACCAGCUCUGUCAGGAGGAAUGGGCCAAAAUUUACCCAACUUAUUGUGGGAAGCUUGUGGAAGGCUACCUGAAACGUUUGACAGAAGUUAAACAAUUUAAAAGCAAUGCUACCAAAUAGUAAUUGAGUGUAUGUAAACUUCUGACCCACUGGGAAUGUGAUGAAAUAAAUCAAAUCUGAAAUAAAUAGUUUUCUCUACUAUUAUCCUGACAUUUCACAUUCUUAAAAUGAAGUGUUGAUCCUAACUGACCUAAGACAGAAUUUUUACUAGGAUUUAAUGUCAGGAGUUGUGAUAAACUGAGUUUAAAUGUAUUUGGCUAUGGUGUAUGUAAACUUCUGACUUCAACUGUAUAUACAGAGACGUAAAAAUGGUAUCCAUCAGUUCAUCUAACUCUGGGGAAGUAGAUGAGACUUCAAUGCCAAAAUUAUUCCUUUAAUCUGGGUCUGGAAAACUGUCUCUCGGUCUUUACACUGUAUUUCGUUGGACAAAACACAAGGGAUCUGGGCUGAGAUUAGUUUGAGAUUAUUUUCAGACCACGAUCUGUGUUCAUGAUACAUAUCAUCACUUUGUUGUAAAUACCAACAGAUUGUUCCUUUGUAUCUUUGUUUAUAAAUUGUUUUAGAGAUGGGUGUGAAGUUUGAUACUUUUAUCUCUAACUCUUACUAAACCAUUAUGCCAAAUACUUUAGUAAUGCAGCAAUGUUCUCUCAUUCUUUUUUAUCCGUACUGCUGUGUUUGUCAGGUAAACAUCCUCCUUACUUUUUCCUUUAUAGAAGUAGGGAAGUUUCUCUAAAAACACAUGACUUAGUUCAAAAUGGGAAGUAUGAUGUUUCCUUUUAAUGUGUAGUGAGAAGUUAUUUCAUAUGUAUUAUGCAAUUAUAGCUGAUGUCUCUGGCUUAUUUUCUGAAGAUAUUAGAAAUAUAUUACUUCAUAGCUUUUUUUGUCAACUAAUUGUAUUCAAUUCUAACCCAAAAUGCUGUAAUCUGUGAUCCAAUUAAAAAAAAACAUGUUUUACUGGAAAAUAGUUUUUGUAAUCUGUGUGAAAAUACUAAUCAAAGGUCUGUGUUUUAUUGUAUGGAUUUUAGUAAGUACUGUAGUAAUCUUGUGGGAAUUCCUGAUUGUUACACAAUCACAGCCACAAGUUGGCCCUUUGUCUGGCAAUAAAAGACAUCACCUGUA